UAUUCUCAAAAAAGCUCUUCCCCUCGAAUCCUUUAGCAUCCCAUCACCGUAGAUCCAUGAGAUCGUCAGCCGGAAAGCUCCUCUCUCAUUCCCAAUGGAUGAGAAACCGCGGCGCUCGAUUUCACGUUCCGGCGCCGUCGUGCGACUCUCAGAAGAUGUGGAAUUCCACGGCGGCGCCGCCGCCAGACGAAAACUCCGAUCAGAACUCGAUCGACGCAGGAUCCUCCAUGCGGAGACCAAUCAGCUUGUGGCCUGGAAUGUACCAUUCUCCGGUGACCAACGCGCUCUGGGAAGCGAGGCGCAACAUGUUCGAGACCCCAACCGGAGGAGAGGACGCUUCGCGAUCGGAGUUAGCCGCCAAGACUCCGUCGCGGAGCAGGACCUCGAUUCUCUACAAGUUCUCGUCGGACUUCGUGCUCCGGGAGCAGUACAGGAACCCGUGGAACGAGAUUCGUACUGGUAAACUGGUUGAAGAUCUUGACGCUCUUGCUGGAACCAUCUCCUUCAAGCAUUGUAGCAGCGGUGAUGGGAGUGCAAGGUCGAUGAUUCUGGUGACGGCUUCUGUGGAUAGGAUUAUUAUGAAAAGACCUAUUCGUGUUGAUGCUGAUCUUAGUAUUGUUGGCGCUGUUACAUGGGUUGGGAGAUCGUCCAUGGAGAUGCAGUUACAAGUAAUCCAAUGUCAAGAUGCCAACCACCCCUCUGAGUCAGUCGCUCUUGAAGCAAACUUUACAUUCGUGGCUCGGGAUGCCAAGACAGGCAAGUCAACUCCGAUUAACCCAGUCAUGCCAGAAACCGAACAUGAAAAAUUCCUCUGGAAAGAAGCAGAAGAGAGGAACAAACUACGGAAACAAAAGAGAGCACAAGGUAAAGAAGAGCAGGAGAAGCUGAAGGACUUAGAGAGGCUAAAUGAUUUACUAGCAGAAGGACGAGUAUUCCUGGACAUGCCAGCUCUUGCAGAUAGGGACAGCAUCCUAAUUAAAGACACUUCCCAUGAGAACUCGUUGAUUUGUCAGCCACAGCAACGGAAUAUUCAUGGUAGGAUAUUUGGAGGCUUCUUGAUGCGCAAGGCUUUUGAGCUGGCCUUCUCCAAUGCUUACACCUUCGCUGGGGUUUCACCACGUUUUCUUGAAGUAGACCGUGUCGAUUUUAUCAAACCUGUGGAUGUUGGAAACUUCCUUCGUUUGAAAUCACGCAUACUGUACACGGAAGCAACUAGUUCAGCAGAACCGCUAAUAAACAUAGAGGUUGUAGCUCAUGUGACAAGUCCAGAGCUCAGGUCUAGCGAAGUCUCGAACAGAUUCUACUUCACAUUCAGUGUGAGACCUGAAGCGAUGAAAGAUGGAAUGAAGAUAAGGAACGUGGUACCAGGAACGGAAGAAGAAGCAAGAAGGGUGAUUGAGCGGAUGGACGCAGAGAGACCAAUCUCAUAGCUAGCCUUGAGCUCCUCCCCUCAUUGAUCUGAAUAAAAGAAGCUUACCUCCUUUGAUUUCAGCUUGCACUUACUUAAGUCUAUGAAAAUGAUUGAUUGAGAAAGAUAUUUAUUCAAACUCAACUAUGUCACUCAUGUAAUGUUUAUAUUGAUACUUUCUGUAAGAAAAAGCUUCCCAUCCCCUUUUUUUUUUCUGAAUAAACCAAAAAGUUUUUUAUUUUA